GAAUCAGGCAGUUGUUUGGACGGCAGCAGCGCCCUGUUGCCGGGUGUGAGCGCUUGGAACCGUUGGUGUUUGAAGAGCGGGAGCGGCCGGCGCGAGGCGGUGUGACUCUGGUCACUGGACGCUGUGUGUUAAUGGGACUCGCGGGUAGGUCCCAGGCAGCACUGCAGGCUGUCCUGUUCGUUGGUCUUUGACAGUGUCGCUGUGGAUGUAAUUGCAUUGAAAUGUCACCAGAAGUUGCCUUAAACAGAAUUUCCCCUGCACUUCGUCCAUUUAUCUCCAAUGUUGUCAGAAAUGGAAAAAUUGGCUUAGAUGCUACAAACAAUCUCAAAAUAACAGACCUUAAAUCAGGGUGCACAUCACUAACACCUGGACCCUGUUGUGACCGGUUUAAACUGCAUAUUCCUUAUGCUGGAGAGACCCUAAAAUGGGACAUUAUUUUCAACUGUCAUUACCCAGACCUGCCUCCAGAUUUCAUCUUUGGAGAAGAUGUGGAUUUUCUGCCUGAACCCACAAUGCUCCAUCAUCUGAAUGACUGGAACUCCCAGAAUCCAGACUGUCUUCUGCUUGUAAUUAAAGAACUGGUGCAGCAGUACCACAAAUACCAAUGUGAUCGACUCCACGAGAGCUCACGCCUUAUGUUUGAAUAUACAGCCCUACAGGAGGGGCCUGAAUUUGGAGACAACAUGGAAAUCUAUGCAGGAAGAAAGAAUAACUGGACUGGCGAAUUUUCCGCACGUUUCCUUUUGAAGCUUCCAGUGGAUUUCAGCAAUAUCCCAACAUACCUUCUCAAGGACACAGUAAUAGACCCAGGAGAAGAUGUUGCUCUCCUUUCUGUCAGUUUUGAGGAUACUGAAGCUACUCAAGUGUUUCCUAAACUGUACCUGUCUCCAAGGAUUGAACAGUCUGCAGGUUCCUGCUCAUCACAAAACACUAUUCUUUAUUCAAGACAUGGUCAAAUUCCCAGACAGUAUUCAAGCAACAGAAAGAAAAAUGUUGAUUUCAAACUUGACAAUUUCCACAUUGCAAGUUAUUUUAAUUUGUUAAGGGAAAACUCAAGUGCACUUGGUGGGACCUCUGCUCUCCAUAUCCCACCAUUUCCAAGUGGUGGCUGUCUCAUUGAUUACGUGCCACAAGUUUGCCAAUUACUCACCAAUAAGGUGCAGUAUAUCAUUCAGGGUUACCACAGGCGAAGAGAGUACAUUGCAGCUUUUCUGAGUCACUUUGGAACAGGUGUUGUGGAGUAUGAUGCUGAAGGAUUUACCAAACUUACGUUAUUACUAAUGUGGAAGGACUUUUGUUUUUUAGUCCAUAUCGAUUUGCCUCUAUAUUUUCCACGGGAUCAACCCACCUUGACGUUCCAGUCGGUGUACCAUUUUACCAACAGUGGACAACUCUAUCAACAGAUACAGAAAUCUUACCCAUACAGUCCGCGCUGGGAUGGCAAUGAGAUGGCUAAAAGAGCAAAGGCUUACUUCAAAACCUAUGUUCCUCAGUUCCAGGAGGCAGCUUUCGCUAAUGGGAAGUUAUAGUUGACACCAGAAUCCAGAAGGAAGCCAAUCAGACAAAUGCAUUUGUUUAUUUUAGGAAGUCUUUUGCAAUUUUUCAUUCUUCCUCCUGUGUGCUGAAGUCUAACUGUAAGGGCAUUGAUUUUUAUUUGGCUGCAAUUCAUUGAAGUGUGCCUAAACUAUCCUAUAUAAAUGAAGGUCUUUUCUUAAGUUGUUCAGCGAAUAUAAGCCAGAUCAAGUUUAUAUUGCAAGUAACGUGAAAUGUUUCAAAUGAAUGAGAAGAAUGUUCCAAGUUACAAUAAAUACUUCCAUUGCAAAGCUUGAA